AAAGAACUAAAAAAGAAAUAACAAACAAAAACGAAUCAAGGGUGUCAACGAGACAACAAGAGGUUGAGAGAGAAUAGAUAAAUAAAUAAAAGAGAAAAAAAGAGCCAAAAUUCCUGCUUUGUAGGAAGCCACAUAGGGGAGGCAAGACAGGGUCCCCUUUCCAGAGUUAUGGCAAAUUUACCCACAUUUUCUCUCCCUUUCCUUUGAGAACCCUUGUUUCUUCUUCAUUCAGGGUUCUUUAGUUGUUUGAGCCAGGCAAAAUAAGGGAGUGGGUGGAGUUUCUUGGCUGGAAAGCUUGUAAGCUAAUGCAAAAAUGGCAACGUCUCCUAAGGAAUCUCCUUCUGAAGAAUCCCCACCUGCUCCAUCAGGACCAAAUUCAUCGCAAGAUAGCUCUUCACCAUCCAAAAACUCACCACCACCAUCACAAUCACAAUCAUCGCCUCUGCCUUCGGGAAAAUCAUCUGGUCGUAAAGAAGAUAGUGAUUACUAUCCUCCUCCUGCAAAGAAGAAAAGUGGCAACACUCACUCCCCACCACGUUCUUCUCAUUCCCGCAAAAGUAAUGGCAACAAGCAAGUUGGUUCUUCUGGCAAAACACCAUCCUCAAAUUCAUCCAGCAACGACAUAGAUACAGAAAUUAUUAUAGCAGCAGCCGUGGUUGUAGGAUUGGUGCUUCUUUUUGUGAUCAUCUGUAUAAUAUGUUGCUGUCGGAAGAGGAGGAAGAAAUCCAAAGUGAUGUACUAUGAUGAACCUAAAGCUGGUGCUGGUGGUAAAGACCAUUAUAACAACUAUCAGAAUUCUCCGUGGGUUCAUAGUGGGAAAGUGCCAGAGCAUGCUGUACAUGUACCCCCACCAUCAGGAGGUGGCGGCGGCAUGGGCAGCGGCUGGGGUAUGCAACCACCAUUUUAUAGCAGUGAAGCAAGCUCCCAGUUCUCAGGCCCACACCAUCCUCCUCCUCUGCCACCUCUAUCACCAACUAUGAAUAUUGGAUUCAAUCAGAGCACUUUCACUUAUGAGGAGCUUCUUGCUGCUACAAACGGAUUUUCUCAGGCAAAUCUGAUUGGUCAAGGUGGGUUCGGAUUCGUGUAUAAAGGCGUCUUACCGAACGGAAAGGAGGUUGCAAUCAAGACUUUAAAAACCGGUAGUGGACAAGGAGAGAGAGAAUUCCAAUCUGAAGUUGAAAUAAUUAGCCGUGUUCACCAUCGUUAUCUUGUGUCGCUUGUUGGAUAUUGCAUUGCCGGUGGGCAACGGAUGUUGGUGUAUGAUUUUGUUCCAAAUAAAACCUUGGAACACCAUCUUCAUGGAAAGGAUCAUCCUGUCAUGGAUUUUCCCACUAGACUUCGUAUUGCAUUAGGCUCGGCGAAAGGGCUUGCUUAUCUGCAUGAAGAUUGCCAUCCUCGCAUUAUUCAUCGUGAUAUCAAAGCGGCGAAUAUUCUGCUUGAUAACAACUUUGACGCCAUGGUUGCUGAUUUUGGAUUGGCUAAGUUGUCAUCUGAUAAUUACACUCAUGUCUCGACACGGGUGAUGGGAACAUUCGGGUACUUGGCUCCGGAGUAUGCCUCGAGCGGAAAGUUAACGGAUAGAUCCGAUGUUUUCUCAUUUGGAGUCAUGCUCUUAGAACUCAUAACUGGAAAGCAACCAGUUGAUGUUACAAUGGACGACAGCUUAGUAGAUUGGGCUCGACCACUUUUGGCUCGUGCACUAGAAGAUGGCAACUUCGAUGAGCUGGUUGAUCCGCGGUUGGAGAAGAACUACAACCACAAUGAAAUGCAACGCAUGAUAGCCUGUGCUGCUGCAAGCAUCCGACAUUCGGCGAGAAAGCGCCCGAAAAUGAGCCAGAUAGCACGUAUACUGGAAGGAGACUCCUCCCUGGAUAGCCUGAAUGAGGGAACAAAGCCAGGCCAAAGCACAAUCUUUGGAGCCAGUGGAGAGUACAACAGCAGUUUAUACAAUGCUGACAUGCAGAGGUUCAGACAAUUGGCACUUGGCAGCCAAGAAUUCAAGAGCAGCGAGUACGGAACUUCCAGCGGCGACAACUCGAGAGAGAUGGGACCAGGAGGGACGAGAAAGGACAGCAGCACGUAACCAAAAGCUUUAAUUCGAAUAU